AUGAAGCGGCAGCUCGUGGCCACGCUGCUGGUCCUGAUCGCGCUGCCGGCGUUCGCCGCGUCCGCUCCGGGCGCCGGGAUCGCGGCGCUGCUCACACACGCCGACGCCGGCCUCGGGUUCGCGAGGCCCGAGCUCUUGCGGCGGAUGGCGCACCGGUCCAGGGCGCGGCGGCGGCGGCUGCUGUCGUCGCAGGCGACGGAGGCGGAUCGGCCGGUGCACGCCGGCCUCGGCGCCGGCGCCGGCGGCAGCAUCGUGACGAACGAGUACCUGGUGCACCUGUCCGUGGGCACGCCGCCGCGGCCCGUGGCGCUCACGCUCGACACCGGCAGCGACCUCGUCUGGACGCAGUGCGCGCCCUGCCUCGACUGCUUUGAUCAGGGGAUGCCGCUCCUGGACCCCGCCCGGUCCUCCACCUACGCCGCGCUCCCCUGCGACGCGCCGCUGUGCCGCGCGCUCCCGUUCACGUCGUGCGGCGGCGGCGGCGGCAGCGGAGGGAGCUGGGGCGAGCGGAGCUGCGUCUACGUCUACCACUACGGCGACAAGUCGCUCACGGUCGGCCAGCUCGCCGCCGACCGCUUCACCUUCGGCGAUGCCGACGGCCACUCCGAACGGCGGGUAACGUUCGGCUGCGGCCACUUCAACAAGGGCAUCUUCCAGGCGAACGAGACCGGCAUUGCCGGCUUCGGGCGGGGGCGGUGGUCGCUGCCGUCGCAGCUCGGCGUCACCAGCUUCUCGUACUGCUUCACGUCCAUGUUCGAGUCCAAGAGCAGCCUCGUGACGCUCGGCGCGGCGGCCGAGCUCCAGAGCGGCCAUGUCUUCCAGUCCACCCCGCUGAUCAAGGACCCCUCGCAGCCGUCGCUCUACUUCCUCUCACUGAAGGGCAUCAGCGUCGGCUCGAAGCGGCUGCCGGUGCCGGAGCGGCGGCUGAGGUCGACGAUCAUCGACUCGGGCGCAUCGAUCACGACGCUGCCGGAGGACGUGUACGAGGCGGUGAAGGCGGAGUUCGUGGCGCAGGUCGGGCUGCCGGUGAUCGGUGCGGAGGCCGGCGCGGCGCUGGACCUCUGCUUCGCGCUGCCGGCGACGGCGCCGUUCUGGAGGCGGCGGGGGCGGCGAGCCGUGGCCGUGCCGUCGCUGACGCUCCACCUGGACGGCGCCGACUGGGAGCUGCCGCGCGGCAACUACGUGUUCGAGGACCACGGCGCGCGGGUCAUGUGCCUGGUGCUGGACGCGGCAGCCGGGGAGCAGACCGUCAUCGGCAACUACCAGCAGCAGAACACGCACGUCGUCUACGACCUCGGCAGGGACGUGCUGUCCUUCGCGCCGGCGCGGUGCGACGAGCUCGUAGCGUCGGUAUAGUGGUGAAACUGUACAAAGGAGUAGUAGAACUCGUAGCACUGAUCGGGUGAAACGCGCCGACGUCGCGGCGAGGCGGUAGAGUAAAUUUUGUGCGGUCGUGUAAACUGGGCCGUCCAUGUAGCUGAUCUGACGGCGUAGCCUUUCCAAUGGAAGGCCGGGCGCUUCGGUUGUACAGAGUUUGGAAAAUUCCAAAGCUAAGGAAAACAUGUCCUUGGCACUUAGGAGCGUUCUUAAGCGAGAGCAAGCCGAUGGGUCUCAAGGUGUUGCUCCCGCUCCCGCCGGUGCCUGACAUGAGGUGUUGCUCUUCUUUAAGCUUGUACUUAACUUUUCUUUUUAUUUUAUUUUUUGCAAAAAUGCAAACGGUCAUAUAUUAAAGUCGAUCAA